CCUGCCCCCGUGGGGCUGCUCCGGGCACAGUCCCUCCCGCCGCGAACCGCCCCGGGCGGCGGCUGCAGCUGCACCGGUCGCGGGACAGAUGCAAGUAGCCGGGGACAGGGGUGUCUUUGGUCCGUUGGAGAUGUCAGUCAGGGCCCCGGAGGAAAUUAGCAACGGCGAGCGAGUGCUGGGCGCGCGGCGCCUGGAGCCGCCCUUGGCUGUGGGCCGCCGCCGGGGCCUAACGCAGGCGGGAUGGCGCGCGCGGGCUCUGCACAGCCUUGGAGCCCAACCCUCUGCGGGCCAGGUUCCGACCCGUCAGUGGAUGCUAGCUCUGGGCGACAACGCCAGGCCUUUGGCUCUAGCUAGUGGGCGGGUAUCCUGAUGAGGCUGCGCAGCCAUCACUGUCCCCUCCCCCAUCCAGUUUGUGAGUACCUAGUUUCUAAGGCAGGUAGCCCCCAACCCUGAUCAGUUAUUUUUUUCCCCCCACGUGUUUUAUUAUAGCCAAAUGCAUUUUUCUUUUUUGGAGUCUUCCCCCAUCUUCUCACCGCCUCCCUAGCACUCGAUUGGAGAAAUCAAGCCGUUAUCAGUUGCUUAGGAGACGCACAGCGCUGUACCUGGAACCUGAUAGUAGUGUUGUGUUUUAUAAAUUAGCUCCCGUAUCCCUCUAAGGGAUUGAACCUGGCGUUCUAGCAAGUCCUUUAAAAGCUGCGGAGCUGUUGAUUGACAGGAUUAAAGUACAUCUUGGAAUCUGGGUUUUCAGAACUGAAAGGGACCUUAAGUAAAAUGGAGUUCAUCCCUCUCAUUUCACAGAAGACACCGGACCUAAAGAGCAUAGUGUUGCUUGAUCAAGAUGAUAAAGGUGCAGCCCUUUUUAGGGCUGCAGACACUUUUUGUGCCAGGAUGGCAGUGCUGGUUCAUCCUGCUUCGGACAGUGUAUCCCCCCCAGAAGUGAUUGCACUUUGCUUGCAGGACUUCUCAGGUUGAUUGGAAAGUUCGACCUGGCUAUUGCGAUGGCUCUAGAGAGUAGCGGAUAGGACAGUGUUUCUGGAGCCACAAUGGAUACUGCUAGCCAUAGCCUUGUCCUUCUGCAACAGCUGAACAUGCAGCGAGAAUUUGGUUUUCUGUGUGAUUGCACAGUUGCUAUUGGAGAUGUUUACUUCAAAGCCCACAGAGCAGUACUUGCUGCCUUUUCCAACUAUUUCAAGAUGAUAUUUAUUCAUCAAACAAGUGAAUGCAUAAAAAUACAACCAACUGACAUCCAGCCUGAUAUAUUCAGCUACUUGUUGCACAUUAUGUACACAGGAAAAGGGCCCAAACAGAUGGUGGACCACAGUCGUUUGGAGGAAGGGAUCCGAUUUCUCCAUGCUGACUACCUUUCCCACAUUGCAACUGAAGUGAAUCAAGUGUUCUCACCAGAGACUGUGCAGACCUCAAAUCUCUAUGGUAUUCAGAUUUCAACAACCCAGAAAACAGCUGUCAAACAAGGGCUGGAGAUGAAAGAAACCCCUCCCAGUAGCAGUGGGAACAGAGCUGCUGUUCAAGGUGACCACCCACAGCUGCAGCUCUCCCUUGCGAUUGGGCUGGACGAUGGGAGUGCAGAGCAGCAGAGGGCCCAUCCUGCUGCCCAGGCCUUGGAGGAGCACCAGAAGCCCCCGGUGUCCAUCAAACAGGAGAGAUGUGAUCCAGAGUCUGCGAUCUCCCAAGGCCUCUCCUCGUCUUCAUCAGAAGUGACUGGCCCCUCUUUUACAGAAAACAGUAUCAAAGUCCACUUAUGCCAUUACUGUGGGGAGCGUUUCGAAUCCCGUGGUAACCUGAGACAGCACCUCCAUACCCAUGUGUCUGGAUCUCUCCCGUUUGGUGUCCCUGCUUCCAUUUUGGAAAGUAAUGACCUUGGUGAAGUGCAUCCACUUAGUGACAGCAGCGAGGCUCUUGACUGCCGGAGGCUUAGCUCCUUCAUUGUCAAGGAGAAGGAGCAGCAGCAGCCACCGCCUGAGCACUCGAGCCGGGGUCCCGCGGAGCCUUUACAGAUCAGUCAAGUGUCUUUGAUCUCCAAAGAUACAGAGCCAGUAGAAUUAAACUGUAAUUUUUCUUUUUCAAGAAAAAGAAAAAUCAGUUGUACCAUCUGUGGUCAUAAAUUUCUUCGAAAGAGCCAGUUACUGGAACACAUGUAUGCACAUAAAGGUAAAUCUUACAGAUAUAACAGGUGCCAAAGGUUUGGGAAUUCACUGGCCCAGAGGUUUCAGCAGUGUUGUGACAGUUGGCCCGAUGGCCCCCUGAAAAGUUCUCGCUUGUCACAAGAACAUUUAGACUUGCCUUGUGCCUUAGAGUCGGAGCUCACACCAGGAAGUGUGGAUACCAUCCUUGUUGAGUAGCAGCUUCUCCUUUAGAAUUUUUAUACCAGUCUUGGAAAAGAUUCAUACGCCAUUUUAAAUUCAUAAAUUAUUUACUUCUUCAUGGUCUGUUGACUUAAAAUAAUCUGUCCCUGGUUUUGAGGUUUACAUACCAGUUCUUAUUAUAAGACAUGGUUAUUAAAUAUAACUUUCCAAUUACCCUAUGAACUUUUCUAUAAAUUAAAUGAUAAUUUGAAAAUCAGAAGUCAA